AUGCCCUUCCCGUUGCCUCUCACCUGGGCAAAAGUUGAUUUUCUCGACUAUACAUUCAACCUCGGUCCCCCCGAUCGUCCAGCAGAACCUCCGUUUGAUGACCCCGAAGCUGACAUUAUUCUGCGGUCUUCAGACAAUGUCACAUUCCGGGUCUUCAAAUCCUUCCUUGCCUGCUCGUCCACUGUCCUCGGUCAAGUUUCAAGUGGGGGCUCCCAAGUCAUUGAUUUGUCGGCUCACAGCUCCGCUGUGCGGACUGCCCUCCUUUGCUGUUACCCGGACGAAUAUCGGCCGUCCACUCCAUUGGAGCCUGCAGCAAUUGCAGACGCCGCUGAAGUCGCAUUAGUCUAUGGCAUGCCUGAAGUCACCAACCUCCUUCGCCAAGAGGUCGCCUGCCCUCACAACCUCCAGCAUUACGCACUCGAGGCUUUUAGCGUUUGCAAGCGAUUCAACUGGAACAAAGAGGGUCGUGAGGCGGCGCUCCAUACCCUCUCCCAAAGUUCUCCUUCUCACAAGAAUGCUAACCAACGCUUACUCGACUGGUGUUCGUCUAAACCUUCCGCUCGUCAAGUUCCUUCCGUUAACCGCGUCCUCUCCAACUACUAUUCACGAUGUGGGAAAGUCGCCAGCAGGGUGGGCACAGAUCUGCGCUGGCCAAUUUCGUAUCCCGUGAAGCGCUCUCACCACCAAUGCGACAUCGUGAGCGUCCCUCGCUAUGGAAGAAACAACCUUGGGAGUAUCAAGGUGCCUGUAUGGCUGGCUGAGUUCGUUGAGGAGACGAAGGAGGCAUUCCUUGACGAUCCCGACGUGGUGUCCGUGCUGUCAAACGCAAGGAUAAACUCCACGCUCAGACUUGCGGCGGCUCACUGUACUGGAUGCUGCGAGUUCGCGCCCGCUUUUAUGCACGAGAGGUUUAUACCUGCGUACAAGACUUUCGUGCAGAAGGCGCUGAAUAAGGUAUCUAUGUCUCAAUCUCUAUACCGGUCAAACCGCUAA